CUUAAACAGAGAUGGCGCAGAGCUACAGACAACAAUACAUUGUUGCCCUGCAUUUUUUUGAUACUUCUACAUAUUUCUGGAAGCCAUGGCUGCGUGGACCAAAUAGAGGAGCAUGUCAUAGUGUGUGUGCUUUGUUUUUCUAAUCUGAUAAUCUAUGGUCUGCACUCCGUUCCGUCAUUUCCUUUUCUUUUUUUUUGCAUCUCGCGCAAGCGCAGAACUUACAGGCUACUGAGUCGUUGGCAGCAGUCACCAGGGAGAUCCAACCACCAACGGAGUGGUCGGAUAAAGGCAGUUGGCCGUUGGUUUGAUUCGGGGGGUUAAGGGGGAAUCCUCCUCACGUGUAAUGGCCAAGUGGACCGAAGAAAUGGAGGAGCAGCUGAUUGCUCUGGUGGAAGAGAGACCACCGUUGUACAACAUCACGCUACAGGGCUAUUCCAACCGGAAUAGGAAGGACCAACUGUGGCGUGAGAUCGAGAGCGAGCUCCAUCUAUCAGGCAAAGAAGUUCGUAGGAAAUGGGACAACCUCCGUACGACCUACAAUCGCUUUAAAAAAACGGCCCCGAGGACGACGAGACAACAGUGGACCCUCGAUCGGAUGCAGUUCAUUGAGCCACACACCAAGAGGAAGGGGAACACCUCCAACCUCAAUCGCAGGGAAUUGUGUGAGGCUGGGGCGCCUGAGGGGGCGAGCAUGGUGACCGAUUCCUCUCUGGAGGGCAGUGGCAGCACACUACCAGAGGAGCCAGAGUUGGACAUCCCGCUGGCUGGCUCCCCGAUUGCAGAGUCGGCCAUCUGUGCUUUUCUUGGAAAUUCACAACCUCCUGCUUUCCUGGACACUCGUGAUAAGGGAGAGUUCUCCUCACGUAUAAUGUUCAAGUGGACCGAAGAAAUGGAGGAGCAGCUGAUUGCUCUGGUGGAAGAGAGACCACCGUUGUACAACAUCACGCUACAGGGCUAUUCCAACCGGAAUAGGAAGGACCAACUGUGGCGCGAGAUCGAGAGCGAGCUCCAUCUAUCAGGGAAAGAAGUUCGGAGGAAAUGGGACAACCUCCGUACGACCUACAAUCGCUUUAAAAAAACGGCUCCUUUGGGAAGCUCAGGGGCCCCGAGGACAACGAGACAACAGUGGACCCUCAAUCGGAUGCAGUUCAUUGAGCCACACACCAAGAGGAAGGAGAGCACGUCCAACCUCCCUCGCAAGGAAUUGUGUGAUGCGGGGGCGCCUGAGGGGGCGAGCAUGGUGACCGAUUCCUCUUCGGAGGGCAAUGGCAGCACACUACCAGAGGAGCCGGAGUUGGACAUCCCGCUGGCUGGCUCCCCGACCAUCUGUGAGGGUACACUCCCUGGGGUUUUGGAGUGCAGUUUGACCUCCGGAGGUACUGACCAAGGCCAGCGUCCGCCCGCAAAGCGGAAAAAGAAGCGCUGGGAUGGGGCCGUGAAUGAGGAGGUGGUGCUCAUGCAGACCAUCGGCAAAACCUUGGAAAGGAUGGCAACAGGAGCACCACGGCAAGAGGAGCACAACGACUACAUUUCGGUGUGCUGCAAGCGGAUUGAACACCGGCUGCGAAUGCUCCCGCAGCAUCAGCUCGCACAGUUUGAGUACGAGAUGGACUGCCUGCUCUACAGGUUUUCUCAGAACCAGAUCCAGGAAACUGACUGAAAGGACCUUACUCCUCUGGCAACGGACUGAAAGGACAUAAGUCCUCUAUGAUAUUUAUAUUUGUGCCUUUUCCCUUUUUACUGCUCUGGAAUACGGUACACCACUUUAGAUAAAAAAAUUUAAUAAAUUAUAAGCUGUU